AAACUCCGCCCAAUUUGCCAGUCCGCUGCAUAAUAGACGCACACUGUCACACGACAUGGAAUAAUAACUCGCUCGCUGGAGUAAAUCCUGUGUUUGCUUUUGUUUUAUGUUUAUCUGAACGUGAGGCACAUGUAUUGUUUUCUCAGUUAGGACAACUGCUCGACAAUUCUGGUAAACUUACCUUUGGAAUUCAGUGCGAGUUUUGAGGAGGUGCGCUCCAUCAGAAUUACGCAAUGGACAACAUGAUUUUGAAACAUAUGGAAUUUAUCUUGGUUCUACAAUACUUUAUUCCUUUGAUCACUCCAGAGGUUGCAGUUGAGAAAGAGUUGGAGAACUUCCAGUGUUCCCUCUACUCCUCUAAGGCCAUGAACUGCAGCUGGCUUCCAGCCAAUCAGACUGCAGAUGACCUCCAGCUCUACUACUGGUACCCUGGUGAAUCCCACAAAACAGCAUGCAGUGACUACAAGGACAGAGCUGGUGAGAAGACAGGAUGUUGCCUGAGAGGAGACUUCCUUGAACAUGAUGUCUACUUCCACUUCAAUGGGACUCUCAAUGGUUUGUCUGUACAGAAAACCUUCCGGGUGUGUCCUGUACAUUAUGUCAAGCCCCCGGCCCCUAGGGUUAAGAUCACAGAGGAAGGGAAGGAUCUCAUUCUGAGCUGGGACCCUCCGGACUUAGCCGCUCACCGCUGCUGGGUUUACAUCUUAAACUACAGCAAGUGUCAAGAGUCUCUGAGUAAGGAGAUACAAUACGAAUAUGAUAAUGUAGCUGUGUACGUGCCGUAUGAUCUGAGAUGCCAAUACAGAGUCCAGGUUAAAGCAGUCUAUAAGAAGUCAUGUGGCGCAGGAGCGAGCGACUGGAGCGAUGUUGAACUUUAUGGUGUGGAGGAUCUUCAUGUUGACUGGUCGAUGACUGUAUUUGCCAUCCUCAUUCCAGCUGCAGUUGGCCUAUUCAUCAUCCUGUUUCUUUGUUGUUUCAUGAAGCACAGAGAGAAGCUUUUCCCCAAAAUUCCACAGCCCUCCUUGAUUUUGAAGGACAUGCUGAACAGCAAUAAGGAACGGAAGAGCACCAUAGGGAAUCUCUAUGUCCCGGUAGAGGAGGAGGUAGAAUGUAAGGUCAUCCUAGACAAAGACCUUCCUCUUCUCAUGAUGCAGCCUGACCCCUGAGAGACUACACACUGAUCCAGUUGUGAUUACUGCAGUACAGACAGAUAGAUACAGCUACAUCCGAUAUGACCUGGGAGCCAGAUGACUUCAGUGUCAUUGACCGACACACAGAGCAAGCCAUGUUAAGGUGGACCCCAACUGCAUUGCUGAAGAAUGCCAGGACUUGGAGCUCCGCAGUCGAUGGACUACUUUAACAAGUUGGACACAGACGGACAGUGUGUGGAGUAUGGACUGUGGAGAAUACACUCCUUUUCCUGGGUUUUUCCCUGGACUGUUUUGAGGCGUUGACGCGAUGACUCCUGUAUUGUUCUGAGUAACGUGUGUGUCUGUUUGUUUAGGAAGAUACUAACAACUGUUCUCAUGAACCUCUUGCAUCCCACGGCUUGGGGUCAUAGGUCAGGUGUUAUCAGAAAGCCAGUGCAGGAAACGAGGGGGAGCUGGGCUCAUAACCCUCACUCCUCGACCAAAUGGAACAUUAGUAGGCAGUGCCCAAAGAUAUGCCCAGGCAGCAUUGCAAGCUUUAUGAGUGAUCAACCCUGUUCAUCAUGUAGUGAUUUAGGGGACACCUACAAAGAUGAUCUCGUAGUGAGAGGUGCUAGACGAUACAUAUCAAAGGCAAGAGGCUAUAUGCCAAUGUGAGCUAGCUUGUCAACCUACUGCAGUUUAUCUACCACAUCUCUUGCUAUUAAAGGGAUAGCUUCCGUGUACAUAAUAGCUAUGUGUAGAAUAGGUGGUACAGAUGUGUAGAUUGUAAAAUGUACAGUAUAAUGUAGUGGGGGCUGCUGUGGGGAGAACGGCUCAUAAUAAUGGCAUGAAACACAUGGAAACCAUUUUUGAUGUAUUUUAUACUAUUCCGCUCCAGCGAGCCCGUCACGAGCCCGUCCUCCCCAAUUAAGGUGCAAACAACCUCCUGUGGUAUAAUGUAUAUUUUGAGUUUUGCAUGUCAAGGAAAUAUUUUGUGCAGUUUAAAAAAAUAAAAAAUUGUACAUGUUC